GCGGAGCUGAGCCCCGCCCGCCGCGGCCGGGCCGGGCCGUUGCCGCCAUGCCCCGGGACAACAUGGCCUCCCUGAUCCAGCGGGUGGCGCGGCAGGCGCGCAUCACCUUCCGCAGCCCGGCGGGCCCGGCCUUCGGCGAGAACCUGCACCGCCUGCAGCAGCUGCUGGACGAGGUGCGCGCCGAAGACUUGCACUUGGCGCCGCGGGGGCCGUCGGCCGCGGCGGCGGCGGCGGGCGGGGGUCCGCCGUGGGCCGGCGUGGUGCCGCCCGUCAGCUACAUGCACAUCUGCGAGACCGAGAGCUUCAGCAUGGGUGUGUUCCUGCUGCGGAGCGGCGCCUGCAUCCCGCUGCACGACCACCCGGGCAUGAACGGCAUGCUGAAGGUGCUGUACGGCACGCUGCGCAUCGCCUGCAUGGACACGCUGCCCGCCGGGGCCGCCACCGCCGCCGCCCCGCCGCCCCCCGCCGCUGGCAGCGGGCCGUGCCUGCGCGCCCUUUUCCGCUCCCGCCAACACUACACGCCCGCCUCGCCGCCCUGCCUGCUCUCGCCGCACACCGACAACCUCCACCAGAUCGACGCCGUGGACGGGCCCGCCGCCUUCCUCGACAUCCUGGCGCCGCCCUACGACCCCCAGCACGGCCGGGACUGCCACUACUACCGGCUGCUGGAGGGGCCGCCGGCGGGCGCCGAGCCGCCCGCGCUGCCGCGGGAGGUGUGGCUGAUGGAGACCCCGCAGGCCUCCGACUUCUGGUGCGGGGGCGAGCCCUACCCCGGGCCCCGCGUCUGCCUCUGAGUCGCCGUCGGCGGCCCGGGCCGGGCGGCGGCCGCUGGGGACGAUGUGYGCUCGCCCUGCCGAGAGGGGAGCCCGCCGCUCGCCGCCCCCGCCCGGCCACCCCCGAGCCCGCCGGACAGCAGCACCACGGGGACCCGGUGUUCGAGACGGCCGGCGCUGGCUGGAUCUGCGCGGGAGCGCCGCGGGUCAGAGCGUCCUCUGAUCACGGGCUUCGUAGUCGGGGGAAAUAAAGCGCCAGAGCGUGUUUAUGUCCUUGAGGCCGAUGUGCCGGAGMAGCACAGUGAAACUCCUGCUCAGCGGAAGGGUCGGGGAAAUAUUCCAACAUCCUGUGUAAAUAGUUAGGGUCACGCAUSAGGGUGGGGGGAUCGAGCUCCAAAGGGAGAGUAAAUGCAAUAAGAAUUGUUGCAGGAUGCGCUGGCUUUUCCCAGAGGGGCUCCCACUGCCAGAGCCUGCUGGCACCACAGGACCAGGGGACUGUGCCCACUGAGCCUGGGCAGGGSGUUGGUCUGGCUAUAGCCUUUUGGGACUGUCUCUAGAGCAAUUCUCAAGGAGAGCUGUAUCCUGCUAGUAAGAAACAAAUUCAGAACAACUCCUGAGCCAGGACACGCUCCUCCAGUAAAUGCCAGUGAUCGAUCCCCAAGGCUGGAGUUAAGGAAAUUCCCACUCCAAAGGGAAACUGUCAGGUUCAGAGUUACUUUGCAACAGUUCUUUAAAGUGUCACAUACAAGCUCUCACUAUUGCAACUGAGAAUUACUGAGUGCAUCUAUGCAUACUUCCUUCAGCAAGAAGGAGACAGCUGCUAAUAAWCCUCGCUUGGAACCUCUAAUGCAGCGAUGGCAGAAGGUGGCAGAAACUGGGCAUUGUAAGAGAAAAAAACAACUAUCCACUGUUGUGGAAGCUAUUCUAGAAACACAGCAUAUUUGCAAACCCUCUAUAUACAGCAGCGCAUACCCUAGAUACUGAUWAGAUUUGACCUGAUGUCUUCUCUUUAAAGCGUGGUCUGCGUUUUUAUAUGGACAAGUGAAYGCUUUGGGCUUUUGAAGCCUUUCAGUUUCCCUCUUUAUACUAUUUAUAAAGACUCCUUUUUCAUAAGGCUUUUAAGUAAACUUAGAAGAGAUACCACUAAUUUUGCCUUGCUGUGAUGGAAGCAAUCUGGAGAUGCAGUUUGUCCACGGCAGGGGAUGCCAUCUUUGUAACACAGGAGAAAGCUUUUCUACAGGUGAAAUGCCCUAUCUGUACUGCAGGGACUGGUCUCGUGCCUGUUCAUCCUAACGCACACUUCAUACCACAAACCCCAAGCCAGGGCAGCCUUGGCCAUCGUAGUCGUGAGAAUUUGAGUAAGAAAACAUGACUUAGCAGCCUCCUAAGUGAUGUACCAACUUGCUCCAGAAAUCAUUCCACAACUGGCUUUGCUUUUCUGUGUAUUUAUAAAAGCAGACUUGUUUUUCCUGUACAGUAGCCUGUAUGUGUGAAUUUUUAAAUUAUUCUGAUACGGCAUUGCUGCUUUUUUUUUUUUUCCCUGACCUGCAAAAUAUGAAUGUAAUAUAGAAUCAGCAUUAUGCAUGCAUGGAUUAAUUCUUUUGCAAGGAAAAAUUGGUAGAAAUUAUUUCAGGUGAUUUCCAUUUAUUCUUAGAGCACUUUAAGGUGUCUGAUAUUUCUGUAGCUGGCUUACCUGUUUUUCUUGGAAUUCCCCUGCAGCUUARCAUUAGUUAAUGUUUAACAAUUCUUGAUCGAAUGUAGUCAUUAAUUAUAAGGCAAUGCCUCCCUGUGUUGCAUACAGCCUGUUUCUACCUCUCUCCAAGGCUAAUGAAGACAGUCAUCCUUUUUCAGAAGUCCGCAAAGAAGAUAGCGCGGUGCAUGCAAACAGCUGUACUGGAAAAACAAACUGCGACAGCGAGCAUUUUUUAUCUCAUCUGCUUUAUCCUCCCCUUAGGUCUUUCUCCUUGGUUUUUAAUUUUUUUUUUUCUCCAUGUGUAAAACCCACUCAAGAUGUUUAAUGAGACAGAACUUUAAUGUAUCUUUCUAAAGAGGACAGCAUCGUCACACCGUGGAGUGCUGUUAAGUAUCGCAAAACAUUUUUUUUUUAAUUAAGGUUUUAGUAUCAAAGUAUUUAAAGCUGGAAAAAUAGCAAAGAAAACCUGAGAUGCAUUUUGAAAAAAAAAAAAGCCUCUUUGUGUAACUUCUUGCUUACUCACUAAUUGAAACUUACUUCCUAUGUUCUGGAUAUCUGUAAGCAGAAGGUUUAAGUCUGUAAUGCCAUUCCUUUUCUCUGCGGUCUGGUUAUUGUGUUCUCACAACAGCAAAAUAACUUUAUGGCUGAAUUAUAGAAUAAAUACAGGCUAUCUCACCACUGACCAGUUUUACUUUCCUUCACAAGUAUGACAGCCUUGAGCCAAGUACRGUACAGAGCACCAGUUUCUCUUGCCUAACAGUCCGAAGUGUGAUCAGCCUUUCUUYGGGAGGCGAUGCUUAGCACUGCAUUCUCAGCCCAAAUCCUGUAAGCAAAUCUGGACACAUACACUGUCGCUGCUUUUAAAGCUGGCUCUCACUGUAAGGCAAGAGACAGGAGUGUAGGACCAUUGAUACUAUGCGCUGAGAGAUACUUACAGCUGUACACUAGUCACCAGCAGUUGCCUUAGUUCAGCUCUUUAGUGAUUUCUGUGUUGUUCUGUGUUAUGUCUCAUUUUUGCUUUUGAUUUAGGUUUUAAUUUUGGAGCAUGGCUGGAGACGGUAGUUUGGAAAAUGCAAGGGAAGCCUUGGAUUGUGUGUCUGGAUUGCUGAGAUACCCAUUUUGCUCACGAUGCUCUGCCUAUGACUGAGCUGUCAUUAUCCAAGGCUGGGGUGGUACCAGCAGGUGAGGAAGCCACCACUUCUGUGUGACAUCCCUCCAGCAGCUGGCUGUGGUCUCUUGGGGGCCAGGACCACAUGGGAUCAGGUGGCAAAACUGCAACUCAGGACACRAAGGCUUACUUGGGCUGCUAAGGUGAAUAGCGGGGCUGUGAGUGUGGCAGUUCUGGAGCUGGUAGCGUUCUGUGGCUUCUCGUGCACAGGCUGGUCCAUGCCCAACUUUAGAAGCUAUCUAGAUUAAGAACCAGGUAUGUCACUUGAGCUCCCACUGAUUGCCUCUUCCAAGCAAAGAGCAGCUGCCCCAAAAGCCAGCACAAGUUCCAGAAGAUGGGUAGCAGGGUAUAUCAGAAAAGGCAAGUGCUGCAGGGGCUCAGCACAACGGGACCUGGGCGAGCAGAGGCUGGGAACCACCAAGCAAGGGCUUUAUCCCCUCACCCUGCUGUGCUGGGCUGUGGUGUAAUAUCCAUCCUACACAGCUCACUUUUGCAGUGGGGGCUGCGCCGGGGAUCUGUGUGGCAGAGAGCAAGCCCGCGGGACCCUCACUGCCCUGCACCGAUGGCAGGACCCGAGGGGCCGAGGCCAGGAUAACAUCUUAAAAAACAUCAUCAAAAUAAGUUUAGAAG